UACAAAGACUUCGUUUCCGCUUAAACCGGAAGCUUUCCUUAUUGUCAUUUUUCUUCCCAACAUGGCGGUGAAUCUUACUGAAUUGUCUCUUCCACAGUUGGAAGGUUUAAAGACUCAGCUCGAGCAGGAAACAGAAUUUCUGUCAUCAUCCAUAGCUCAGUUGAAAGUAGUUCAAACGAAAUAUGUAGAAGCCAAGGACAGUCUCAACGUUCUCAAAAAGAGUAAUGAAGGAAAAGAGUUGCUUGUCCCUCUUACCAGCUCUAUGUAUGUUCCUGGAACUCUGAAUGACGUAGAACAUGUAUUGGUAGAUGUGGGAACGGGUUACUUUGUAGAGAAGAAUGUGGAGGACAGUAAAGAGUUCUUUAAGCGCAAAAUCGACUUUCUCACAAAACAGAUUGAGAAGAUUCAGCCUGCUCUUCAAGAAAAACAUGCUAUGAAGCAAGCUGUGGUUGAAGUCAUGAACAUGAAGCUACAGCAACUGCACAGCCAACAAACGUCACAGUCCGGCACCACCAAGGCCUAAAUACACUCUCUCUCUCUCUCGCACACAUACCCAUUUCACUACUCUGUAAUAUAAUCUAAGGGGCUGUCAUGCUGACCAUUCUGCAGACCACUGUUGUGAUGUAAACACAUUGUCCUUUGGUAUUCACAGUUAAUUUUACAGAUGUAGUUCAACAGUAUGGCAAUUAAACUCUGUCAUCUAGUUACCAACAUAGUAUUCAUUAAUUUAUGUCAAAGUUUCUCUCUGUGUGCUGCCUGAUGUUGCUUUUAAAUUAAAGGAUUUAAUAUUCCA